AUGGACUUCAGCAAGUGGAACGUCUUCUGGAGUUUGUCUUUUGGGCUGUUGUCCUUUCUAAUCAUCGUUGGAAAUGCUAUAUCCAUAUCAAUACUUUUCAAGAGAAGGCUACGAAAGCGUCCUCACUUCUUGUUAAUUAGCUUGGCUUUCGCUGAUCUCUUAGUUGGAUUAAUCCCAGUGCCACUUUACAUCAUGAUCCAAGCAGAUCUACCACAUUUUGGUUCAACUACUUAUGUGUUUUUUUUAUGCGUGGAUAUGUUUGUAGGCUUAAGCUCGGUCUUCACCCUGGCGGCUAUUUCCCUGGAAAGACUCCACGCAAUUGCUCGCCCUCUUCGCCAUCGACAACUCACCUCACGUAGCUAUGCGAUUGCCAUAGCAACCCCAUGGAUCUUCUCCCUUAUUGUUUCGUUAUCUUAUUUGCUCUAUGUUUUUUACGUUAUAACCAACCUUCAGUUCUUUUCGGGGAUAAUUAUUAGUUUGUCAACACCUUUGUUGAUAACUUGCAUUUCCUAUUGCAUCAUUUGGAGGAAGCAAUCUUAUAGGAUUCCCGGUGAAGCUCAAGCAAGAAAGAAUGUUCACUUAAAUAAGACGCUGCUAUUGAUAACCGUAAUAUUUGUUCUCUCUUGGCUGCCUUUCUACGUUUCAAAUAUUGUAGAAAAUUUCUGUGCUUCAUGUGAAAUGUUUCGGGUGGUAUAUGUUAUGAAGUUCGAAGUGAUAUCGUUAAGGAAAUACUUAAAAGAUCAAAUAACAAAAUCUUACGGUCUAAUGUCUUUUCGCGAAAGUGCUUACGAAGUAUUUACAUCUACGUCAGCAACUUCUCAGCUCCAGUCUCUUAUCCGCUGGUCGACAGUGAAGCAGGUCUUUUGA